GUUUCGAGUCAAGCAGUGAUAUUUAUUUCUUUGUGGUAACUUGGUUAUUGAUCGCAAUCUGUUUGAGGAGGAAAGCUUUCAGGUCAGCAGAAAGUCAUUUAGGCAAAGAAGCAAGUCAAAAGGCAUGUCUCGGCCAAAACGAGCCGUUAGCGGCCGUAUUUCCGUACAUACUUUUGACGUUGUGGAUGAACUUCUCGAGGACAACGACAAACACGAAUUGGCGAAGGUGAAGAUAAAGUAAUUUAUAGCUGUGUCAUUCCCACCUUUAAUAGAUAUAUAGCGGUAGAAUGAGAUCAGUUUUUUUUAGAGUUUUUAAAGUAUAUUUCAAUCAGUUGUGAUCAGGAACACUGUUUUACUACAGGAGCGUCACAGACGAGCAGCGUCUGCUUCUGCAGUUGAGCGAACGAAGUUCCUGGAUUCAGAAGUGAGGACUGUGAGUGCCAAAUCCAUUUGCCCUUCUGAUCAUACGUUCAGGAUACAGAGCUGGCUAAAUGAAAAAUCCGUCAGAAAUAUUCAGGUAUAAGCUUAAGUAACGUUUUGUCUAUUGAAUUCGUGUGAACCGAAAAUUAGUUAAGGAUAAAUUUAUGCAACGUACGUUCUGCAUCAACAGUCUGAAAUGGAAAAUUAUCACUGUGCAAUAGACUGUCGAGAUUAUGAUAAACAGGGACUUUUUAAGAGCAAAUAUUACGACCAAGACACCAGUUGAAAAAAAAUUCAUAUAUCCUGUGUGUCAGAGUUCUGGGGUGAAAUAUAAUUAAAAACAAUAACUUUAUUUUGUAAACAGUUCUGUAAACUUAUAUCUCCAGACUUUAUUUUGUAUUUGAUACAGAGUGUAUCUCAGCAUGGCCACGUGUUCUCAAUUUUUCAGCCACUCAGCAUAUCUCACAUGCCAGUUGUUUGUUUUCAAUUUUUAUGUAGGAAAGAACUGACUUUGAAUCUCGAGCCACUAAGAAUAUGUACACAACCUUACUUGAUAAUGAGAACACGUUCGUGAAGGUAAGCAAUUUUAAGAAAAUUUUUUAGCCAUUAAGUUAAUCCUUGUGUUUGAUUAAGACUUUGCUCUGUCGUAAUGUUUCAUAAAAUAUAGUCUUUUAUUAACAUAUGUUAUAAUACUGCCCCAUUGUGUAUAGAAUACACGUAUAUUAAGAUCUGCAAGGCAGCGCACUUUCAAUAAGUUGAAGACGAAAUAUUGAUCUUUGAGUUAUUGAAAGUGUACUGCUGUAUAUUAUUAUUACUACAUAAUUAAAAGAAAUAAAUUAUUCAGCAGAGAUUCCUAACUUUUUCCCUGCACAGUUUUGCCUCUGGGUGUUCAUAGAGCCUGGGUUAAGGGAACAAUUCUCAUUUUUAUGGAAAUGGGGGUUCAUUGUUACACUGGCCAUUUUGGGGAUAGUGGCAGGGUGAGGGAGUGGGGGUUGGGGUAUGGGGUUGUCAGUCCCGAUACCUUUCGCUGCUUUUCAAGAUACCUGCUUUGAGUUAGGUUAUGAUUUCCAAGCAGAUCUGGAUUUUGCAACUUUCCAAGUCAGUAGAUAAUUAAGACUCCACUUACUUAAAGACACAAAAAGAGACUGCUCAGUCUAUUGCAGAUUAACAAGCCGUUUAAUACAUGGCUGAAACUACGAGCGGGCAAGAUGAAGCAAAUCCCACUUAUUAUCAGGGGCAACCAGUGACGGUUUCCUCCUAAAUGCAUUGAAAACUCUUUUAAGGCUCCAGAGUACUUUUAGUCUCCUUUGCAGUCAUUUUUAGGCUCAUCACGGGAAGGAAACUAGAGUACUUUUAGAUGUCCAGAAAUGUAUUGUAAGUGGCCUUAAGAAAUUUUUAUCUGUUCAGUCAUCCUAGGGCAACUUGAGUCUUUUGGAAAUUACAAGGGCUUUAGUAUUAUUUUCCAUUAUUUUAGAUGUAAUUUAAAGUUAAACACAAAAGUAAGGAUUUUUCUGAUGGGUCUGCUGUAGGUCCCCAGUGUGGGUCAUAACAGCCAUCUCUGGUAUUCAGCCCAACCAGUCUUUGUUUUCAUUGGAAGAUGUCAGCAGUUAGAGUGUAUAUUUGACCUUAAUUUUCAAGCAAUUGGGCCCCAAUUCCCAUAAAUCAAUCCCCAAAUAAACUGCUUGGAAACUUCUCCCAUCAAAGUGGCACUUUACCCCAAACAAGCAUACUUUCAAUGUUAUUUUUAAUUAGUAUAGCUUACAUGUGUAAAUAAAUCCACAUGGAUAAUCUGUGAGAGUACAGCUCUACAGCAUCAAUGGCAAGGAAACAUUAACCCUUUAAGUCCCAAUAGUAACCAACAGCAAUUUUCUCCUGACGAUAUCCAUACAUUGUCAUGAGAUGAGGUUAUGAGAAUUAAUUAAAUGAUCACCUAAGAGAAAAUACUGUGAUCUUUCAUCAAAUUCUCUCAACUCAUUCUUUUUAAGGAAAUAUAUAGAGAUCAGUUUGGAUAAUUAUUUUGUAUGUGGAUAUUGGGGCUUAAAGGGUUAAAGACAAAUAUAUUUGUCUAAUUUUAUUGAAAUUGUGACAAAGAAAGUACUACUGACAAUUAACCUUUUUAAAAAAUGAAAAACUUCUUUUAUGUCCACAGCUAAUACAGAGAUCCCAUGUACCAAAUUCUAUAAUAAGCCAAGGAAAAUGUCUAAUUAGUCAAACUCAGUUAAUAUGGACACUAUGAUUAGAGUUAAAUACUAAAGAAAUAAAAGAGGACAUGAGCAUCGUCAAAAUAAACAUUGCUAACCUUCACAAAGCCGUCAUUCUGCGAAAUUAGUCCAUGGACACACUCAAAAAUCACUCAUCUAUAUAUUACUAAAUCAAAAUCAUUCUCUGCAUUAUAACUGGUUUUAUGCCAAAAAUAGUCUGAAAUUGAUGUCUAAAAUUCAUCCUAUCCCGUGUACUGUAGCGUUGGGAAGAUCGACAUGCUGUCAACCUGAAGGUGUUUUCACCUUCAAAAAGGAAAGGUCUAUUACAGUACACUGUUUAUAAUGAAGUGUCCGCAUUAGUGAGGUUGGCCUUCUAUGAGAAUCUGUUUAUUGACUCACGAUGACUACCGGACAGGUUGUCGAAACGUCAGUCACUGUCAAUUGAAAUUGUGAACAGUCCUAUUCAGGACUACAUUCACUUUGACGAUCAUACUCAACCUACUUAUGAAAAAGUGUCUGUUGUUCACAUUAAUGGGUGUCCGUAUUAAGCAGGUUGGAUUUAGAGAAAAUGGAAGGGCUUUGCCCAGGUAAAAAGAAAACUGUCCGUAACAACGAAAUGUCCAUAUUAAUGAGAUGUCUGUACAGCGGGAUUCAACUCUAGUUCUACCUCCACAAAUGAUCCACACAUUUUCAUUUCAACAGGAUGUUGACAGUUUCAUUGACCACAGAGAAGCCCUUGACAGAAGGAAGAAACAGAUGCUAUUUAAGAAAUGGAGUGAAAGAGUUUACAGUCCUGUUAAGGUACACAUCAAGCUUCUUGUUAUUGUAUGAUCAAAGAGUUUUAUUAUUAUCAUUAUUGUCAUGGAAAAAAAUAGUGAAUCAACAAUAAUUCUCUCAAUAUAAUAAUAAUAAUUACUUACAAUUAUUUCUUUCUGCCUUGAAUAUUAGAACUACAUGUAAUUGCCACAAAGUCUCAACUGUUUGUUUUUUAAUGACAACAUAAAAACACCUUACCCUCUUUGAAUACAAAUGCAAGAUGCCUUUAAAAUCUGAACUUUCCAAAAAAGUUAGUUUAUUCAAGAUCGGCAUAUCCAUGGCAACACAAUGAUGCCAUUGCCAUUUUUACAUUUCCUAGAUUUGUGACAAAUCUAAGCAUUUGGACAACUGUGUCAACCAAACAAGGGUCUUCCCAAGUCUUGGAUUUUUCCAUUUGCCAUCCCUGGUUGUAACUGUUUGGGAUAAAAUGAUGGUGUUUUUUGACAUACAGUUCUUUUUUGUAGGAAAAAGUUGAUGAAGAAAUGAAUGGCCGUAAUUACAGACACUUGGACAAAAGAAAAAGGCAGAUUUACAAACAGUAUCUAGAUUACAGCAACAAAAAGGUGGGUACUGAUAGAAGUUACGUCUUACACAAAGCUUGAUGAAAAAUAAAAUGAAUGCAUUGUUUCAAUUUAGUUUAUACCAGGUACUUACAAUUGUCUAGUCCAUACAUGUAUGUUAAACUUUAUAAAACAUUAACUACUAGUAAUGAGCUUCAAUAAAAGAAAACAUUUUAGAGACUAUUAAUUUAUAGUGUAUCAGUGAAAAACCUUGAACUCUUUGAUUGGAUUUUGACAGAUCAAUAUUGUGUACUCGCUAGUUAGUUACAACUUCAAACUGCAGGAAAGCAAAAUAACAGUUUGCUGCGACCACGGCGUGAAGACAUAGCUUGAUUGCUCGUUUGUUCCAAAAAUGGUUGUUUUUAUCUGUACACAGCCAGAGGUUUCUGAAAUUCUCUGACGUUUUCUGAAAAAUGUAAAAUUUCACUGGCCAACUGAGUUAACAAUCUCACACAUUAGACCACAUUGAUGGACUAAACCCUCCCGUCAAGGUUAUCCCCUUACUUUCACCAAGUCAUGUGCAGCGUACAUGAAUAAUUGAUAGUUCGUGAACAUAAUGUGCAAAAGACAUUGAUGGUCUUUAAAAGCCAACAUUGCCUUGUCAUUCGAGUUCAUGAACAAUAUACCAUUACAACAUGAUUCCAUUUCCGUAAAAUUUACAAAAGAAUUUUAAAUGUUAGAAAACAGUAAAAGUAGAGGAAAAAGAAAAAAAUAAUACAGUAUGUCCUCUUAAAAUUUCCCUGAAUUCCUUCAAAGAUUUAACUUUUCCCUGACUCAGAGUGAAAUUCUUUGUCCUUUCAUUGACCUUGAAGAAAUUUUUACCCUGACCAUUUCCUGACCUGUGGCAGCCAUAUGGAAAUUAACUUCAAAGGACUGUACAGGAAAACAAGAAGGUCACCUAAAAAAUUGUACCUGAAGACAGGCAUUUGUUUGAGCUCACUACACCAAUAAAAAAGAAUGAGUAAAGUCUGUUGUCACAUAAGCAAACUGACUUUUUGCCCUGUUGAUUGUGUUCUGAGCAAAGGAGGUAAGCAGCAUCCCUUGCAGUCACUUCCUAGGCUGCAUAAGGUUUACUGAUCAAGGCAUAUUUGUUUGAUGUUUUAAUUUCGUCAUGCUUUUUAAGUGUCAUAAUAUCUGUGACUGGUGUCAGUACACAACCGACCUGUUAAAAUCAUGUUAUCAAAGAUUCCCAUUUUUUUGACUUGCUGUUUAUAAAGACACAACAAAGUCUAAGGGCCAGUUAUUUAAACAGAGUUUAGCUCAUGUUUAACAAAACCGAGUUCUAAGCCAUUUUCAGUUUGCCCAAUGCUUUUAUCUAAACAACAUUUAUCAUGAACAAUUUCAAUAAAGCAUAGAGCAUAGAGUGAAGAAGCACUUAUUUUCUUAAAUUGACUGAGUCACUAACAAAGAGAACUGGAGGUCCAAUGAUUUCUUAAACCAUGUUCUUAGUUAGACUUCGUUUAAAUAAGCGACCCUAAGACUGAGAAGGAUUGAAAGGAAACUAGCCCAAACUAGCGUCAUGUCAAUGUGUACAUGUCAUGAUCCCCUGCCCUCUUCCCAAUGCUCUGUUGAUCAUGAGUCUUCCAUGUGUGUUGGUUACUCUUGAAAGAAAAUAAUGAUUUCUUUGCCAGGGUGUGGUAUUUCUGGAUGUGAUGUCACCAGAAGAGUAUGAUCCACUUGCUCUUAAUGCCAACAGGCCAGCCCCUCUGAAGGUGAGUGUGAGUUAUGUCUUCAUCAAAGAUUGCCUCAUACAAACUAAAAUAAUGAUAAUAAUUAUUAGAUUGAAAUUCCUGGAUAUAAUUAUUUACACAUCGUAAAUAAAUAAAAAAAAUAAUAUUUCUUAAAACAUUCAAUGAGUAUAAGAAGAAAAGUAACAGGAUAAUACUAUGAAGUACUAGGUUGUGUACAAUGGAACUUCCAUUUAAUGAAGGGCCAACGGACUGACAAAAUUUGUUUGCGAAAAACGGUUUCCUUAUAUCAAGGUUCUUUUUCAUACAAAUUAUUUUGCUAUUUAUUGGGGUAAAAUGUGGAAAUCAUUCGUUAUAUUGAGGACUUCAUUAUAUAGAGGUUUAUUAAAUUGAUGUUCCACUGUAUGUUACAGGUCAAAAUUACAUUCAGGUUAAAAAUUUUUAACCUAGGUUGAUUCUCAAUUUCCUUUGUCUCCCAGCCCUGAUUAUUCAUGAAUUAUUAGGAUUAGGAAACAAACAAAAUUGAGCAUCAACCUAGGAUAAAGAAUUUUAACCUUAACUUUAAUUUUGACCUGUAACAUAUACAGUACAGUAAAACCAAGUUUGGUUUGCUUUUUGUUAAAAUUUACAGUUUGAAUUAAUCUUGAAAUCCAAGUUGAAGAAUAAAAAAAAACUCUUUCAUAAAAAAGAAGUUCUCAGCUCAUAGAGAAAAUACAUUAAAGUUACAUUGCAUAGCUGUUACACCUUCCUUUAUGAUCUAUUCUUGCAACGGUUCUUUUGUUAUGUGCAUAACCAUGUAAAAAAAAGAGAUCAUUACUCCUGUUAAAUCAAAGUUUCCUACACAGUAACUGUUUCAGUGGUAGUAGUAGACAGAUUUUGAUGUUUUAUAUGCUUUGUAAAUCACAAAUGUCACCUACAAUUUUGGCCUUGUGUAUCCUUAUGUUUAGAGAGAAAUUCUUUCAUUGUUAUGUAAUAGGCAAUAACAAAGAAAUUAGAUGACCCACUGAUAUCACAAGGGACCACAAGACUAGAAGAGGACCGUACUGUGGUGAGAUGUGUGACAGGAAAUAAAAUGAGUGAUAAAGAAAUAGAAGAGAUGCAUCUUCCUCCAGCACCCCUGGUUCCUCUUGGACGGCAUGGUACUAAGUGUAACACAUGGCUUAGAAUGCAGCUACAUGACAUUGACAGUGGUGUUAGAAAGAGAAGUGGGUGAGUUAAAUGAGUACUACUAGUACUAUCCUUCGACAUAUUUUAUGUUUUGACUGGUUGAUGUGCUUACAGGUAUCAGCUCACUUUCCAAUUACAGUGUAUUUGCUGUUAGCAAUGAAUUUGUUUAUAGCUAUCAUGCAGUGAUUAUUAUAAAAUGGCCAGGAAAAUGUGGCAAGGGUAUUUUUUUCUGACAUACAUGUAUGUACAUAGCUGUCAAGUUGGUAAUGGUGUAACCCUAGCAUACCACUUUGGGCAAGUUGUACAUGCAUUAAAAACUGCAAAACAAUAUUAUUAAAGGAUGAACUACUAGCACAAACACAAAAUCUACAAGGCCAGGCCAGGCCUGGUUGCCUAUCAGACACAAAUUUCUUUGAAUGUGGAGUUUUAAAUAAAAUCAUUAGAAAGAUGCCUUAUUUUGGCACCAAAUCUUUACUAAAACAUUUUAGAAUGUUCUGGCUUGAUCUUGAUUUCCAUUGGCUUUGCUUUGGAGCUUUUCCAUAUUAAAGUUCUCAAAACAGUAACAGAAACAAUAAUUAAGUGUACCUCUGGGCUCCCAAUAAUAUCAAUGGCAUCACUGCAGGGCCAUUAUGAAAACUACUGGGUAACCAGUAAUAAUACUGCCAACCUUGUUAAGUAAAGUUUCUUCUUCUUCUUAAUAUUGGUUUUCCAUUAUAAAGAUAAUGUUCCUUUGUGUAGUCUGUUGUACAUUCUGUGGCAGUUACCCUACCAAAAACUGGCAAAGGUACAGAAUAAAUAAAACAAACUUCAACCCCAAUUUUACUUUAAUUUGUUCGCAGACAACGUAUGAAAGGAAUCUACAAUGACUCUCAGCUAGACUAUGAAGAAUGGAGUAAACUGGACAGAAAUCCAGAAAUCAUUGAUGUUGAGUUGCGGUCACAGAAAAGAAGACUCUUCAGAGAAAAACAUGCUACAACUCUUCAGUUCGACUGGCCUGAACUUCCAACUAUCAAACAAAAUACAACAUAUCAUCCCCGAAUACCAAAUGUUUUACCAUUUGGGACUAGUUUUGAGUACUAUCCUGAACUGCAGCUUAAUGCGUCAUAUUAAGAAUGGCAAUUUAUCGAGGAGGC